GGGGGCUUUUCAUCACUGAAAGCCAGCAGCUACUUCUGCCUAGCUAGCCCUACCCUUGUUUUGCUGAACAGCUUGAGAUUAAUUUCUACUAAAACAAUGAAGGUUGAAGUGGAAGUUAUCUCCAAGGACUCCAUCAAACCCGAUUUUCCAACCCCUGAACACCUCCGCCAUUACAAACUCUCUUGCAUUGACCAAAUUACACCCGAAAUUUUCAUGCCUUUCGUUCUCUUUUACCCAAAAGAUGGCACUGCUAAUUAUAGCAAUCUAGAGCGCCAUGACGUGAUUAAGAAAUCAUUGUCAGAGACCUUAACACGAUUCUAUCCUCUAGCAGGACGGGUUAAGGAAAAUCUUUACGUUGAUUGCAACGAUGAGGGCGUUCACUAUGUUGAAGCCGAGGCCAAUUGCAAACUUUCUGAGUUUCUUGAGGAUCCGUCACCUACUGAGGACAACAAAUUCCUUCCAUUUGAGCAGGAUGAUGUCAAUGAUCUUGCUUUAGCUGUUCAAGUCACCACCUUCAACUGUGGUGGCAUGGUGCUCGGUCUGCUCUUUGCUCACAAGGUUUCCGAUGCUUCCUCGUUCUUCUUGUUCCUCAAAAGUUGGGCUGCUAUUGCUCGUGGUUGUGGCGAUGACAUACCACUUCCACAAUUUGAUUCUGCCAAGUUCUUUCCACCGGAGACUUUACCUAGCUUUAGUCCAAGUAGAGGGAUGGGAAAGGACAAGAUUGUGAUAAAAAGAUUUGUCUUUGAUGCAACAGCUAUAGCGGCUUUUAGAGCCACAUACAACACAGACAACAAGAACAUUGAAUACCCACGUACAACUCGCGUGGAGGCUUUAUCAACUUUCAUAUGGAGUCGUUUCCUUGCUGCAACUCAACCAGAGAAAGACCCUAAUAAGGUUUACGCAGUAUUUCACAUCGCGAACCUGCGCACGAGGAUGGAUCCCCCUCUUUCAGAAUAUAACUUUGGAAACAUGGGCUUGCCUACAGCCUCCGCAGUCCCCUGGGACAGCGGGGAUGGGUUUUACAGUGUGAUUACUCCAGUAAGAGACGCCAUAAAGAAAGUUAACAAGAACUAUGUGAAAAAUCUCCUAGAGAAUGGUGGGCAUAUGGAAUUUAUGAAGGAGCACGGGCAAAAGCUCAUCAGAGGGGAGCUGGUCUCCUUGGCCUUCACAAGUUUGUGCAGGUUUCCAGUAUAUGAUGCUGAUUUUGGGUGGGGGAAGCCUGCAUGGGUUGGCUCGGCAAAAUUAUUGUACAAGAAUCUGGUUACUUUCUUUGACACCAAAGUUGGGAAUGGAAUAGAGGUAUGGAUCAACUUAGAGGAGGAAGACAUGGCUAAAUUUGAAGUAGACAAUGAGCUUCUGGCUUAUGUUUCAUCAGCAAAAGUUUCUGCUUGAAUGGAUUGGGUAAUAAUCACCAUCAUGGCCUAAAUGGCUUAUUAAGUUAUUAUCUCGUUGUCUUCAAAAGAAAGAUGACCAUACAAAUAAAGUGUUAAGUAUUAUUUUCAUUUA